UAGUGGUGAUGGUGGUGGCGGUGGUCGUUCGAACGUCCCCACCAUUCACCGUGGCGUCUCGACGCCGUAGUUCGACUCGGCCUCCACCGUCGGAGCGUCCGUCUCAGUUACCAACAGACCGCGCGAUUGCUCGCAUCGUCGACGCGAAGUGUGAGAGGGGAGAGAGAGAGAGAGAGAGAGAAAGUGGGAGAGAAAGAGUGUGUGUGAGAGAGAGAGAGAGAGAGAAAGAGAAGAAGAAGAAAAGAGUGCGGAGUGUGCAACGUGUGUGCGUAUAUACGCGCGAAAGAGAGCAAGAAGAAAGGAUCAAAAUAAUACGAGAGAAAGGUGAAUCGGGGGAGGAGGUACUGAGAGAGGAAGAACGAACGAAGGAAGGAAAAGGACGAGAGUGAACUAUGUUGCGAGUCGUCGUCGUCGUCGUCGUCGUGCCGCUCGGUCUCGCCUGAACAAAGAAAGAUUCUCCCUCGGUUCUCCACGUCGAGGGUCGUUUCCGAUCGACGAACCGUCGGGAUCCUUCCUCGGGCGUCUUCGGUGCGACUCGUGCACCACGAGCGCGCACGAAGCGGUCAGUCACGUAGCAGCGGUCGAGCCGUGAGGAACAAAGGACGGCGGCAGGAUCAGUGCGAGAGAGAGACGGAGUGAGAGCGGAGCAACGAGAACGGUGUCCCGGCGUUUCGCGCGCGCGUCACUCGCGACAACGACAUCGCGAUAUCCGAGGCGAAGGCCGCUGUUGCGUCUCCGAUCGACCGAGAUCUCUCGAUUCGAUCUCGAGAUUUCUCGCGCCGCCGAACGACGCGAGCCGUGAUACGGUUCCGAAGGAAGAUACAGACGUGCCGCGAGUUUCGCGAUAAAGAGGAGGAAUCGCGAAGUCCGUCGCAUCCGACUUGUGUGCAUUGUGCGUUAUUUUUUGAUUUUUUUAUACUUUUCUAUCCCAACGAUCCCCCGAGUGUCGAAAAAGAGGAAGUGAUCUCGAGAGAGAGAGAGAGAGAGAGAGAGAGAGAGAGAGAGAGAGAGAGAGAGAGAGGAGAGAGGGGAGAAAAAGGAGCGGUAAACGUGUAUCUGCUCUCACGCAUCCACCGCAUCAUUGUAAAGGACGCGAUUUGUGAGUGAAAAAGGGAUAGGCUGAUGUAUGGCCGUGCGUUCGGUGGAACGGUACGGUGAAAGAGAAACGAAGAAGGAGACAGAUCCGGAUUUUCUGGCGGUGUAGGUACGAUUACCCGCGCGACGAACCGGCGACCUAACCUAACGACGACAACGGUCGAGAAGCGCGCGCGAGAAUCGGAGAGAGCAGGUCUCGACGUGUGAAAGGAAGAAAAGAGGCAGAGGAGGUGAGACGGGACGAAAGUGAAAAGGAAACCGUGGUCGGCUCUCCUCCGGAUCUCCUCCUACGUUUAUUUGACAACGUCGUUGGUUUCGUGUGACAUGUGCCACAGAGUGAACUACUACUGAAAGAGAGAGGAACUUCCGAAGAAACGACAAUCUUCGGCAGCACGCGGAUUAUCCUCGUAUUUACGGGAUGCCGGUUGACUGAAGAUGGCCUCGCCGACAGACUCGCUGGGAUCGCGCGCGAAUUCCAUCGGGUCCCUGAACUCGCUGUCCCCUUUAACGGUGAGCGGUAGUUCGCCGCCCGCGAGCGACUCGGCGAUCUGCGACGUCGACAGCUGCGACCUUUGCUUCGACGCACCAAAGUCGAGCGAAGGGCCGUGCUCGCGUUGCCGCCUAGGAGGUACCGGUAGUAACGUCCGCUGCACCGGCUGCAAGUUCAACUCUGAGCCCGACGCUGUGGCGCAUUGUCUCGACUGCGCCAACUUUCUCUGCUCGCAUUGCGUGAUGGCGCACCAAUUCAUGCACUGCUUCGAGGGCCACCGAAUAUCCACCCUGGCCGAGGCCAAGCUGGAGACGGUCGGCGGUGGUGGCGGCGGCGGCGGCGGUGGCGGUGGGGGCGGUGGUGGUGGCGGCGGUAACGGUGGUAGUAACGGUGGUAACGGUGGUAGUGGUGGUAGCAACAAUCUAGUGAUCAACGGCAACGGCAACAAUGGUGGUAACGUCGAGAAGGUACACUAUUGCACGCGACAUAAGCAAGAGGUGCUCAAGUACUUCUGUCGCAAUUGCACCGUCCUGGCCUGCAAGGAGUGCUCGUUAACCGACCAUUCGGGGCCGCUGCACGACUGCGGCUACAUCUCGGAGGUGGGACCGCAGCAGCUGGAGUCGGUGGUACGGUUGGUCCAAGAGUGCCGCGCGAAGGCGGCGGAUGCGCGCGCCUCGAUCAAGGCGGCGGACCAGAACUCGGCGCAUCUUCAGAAGCAAUACCAAAAGGCGCAGAGCGAGAUCAACGAGACCUUCCAAUUUUACCGGUCGAUGUUGGACGAGCGCAAGCAGGAGCUGCUAAAGGAGCUCGAGUCGGUGUUCUCGACGAAGCAGCUCUCCCUCAACAUGAUCACGCAGAAGGCCACCGAGAUGUCCGACAAGAUCCUGACGACGUGCGACUUCGUUGAGCGCGUCACCAAGUACGCGCACGUGAUCGAGGUGCUGAUGAUCAAGAAGAUCCUCGACACGAAGCUGCAGCAGCUGCUCAACUACACGCCCGAUAUUGCUAGCCAGACCGCGGAUCUCGAGUUCGUCAGCAAUUAUCAGGCGAUACAGGUGGGCGUGAGAAACACCUUCGGCUAUGUGCGGAGUAACAGCGAGAACAGUGCCGGUCCGAUCGGCAAGCAGCCACCGAUCGCGCGACCGACCGCUCUUUCGAGCAACGGCAUCGGCGGUGGCGGCGGCGGCGGCGGCGGCGGCGGCGGUGGGGGUGGCGGCGGCAGCAACAUCAGCAACGGCCCGGGCAACGCCAAUUCAUUGGGCGGUCUCUUGUUGGACCGAUCGUACAGCAACGGCCUGAUCUCGUCGAGCCUGAGUUGCGGCUCGUCGUCGUCACCCUCGUCGAUCGACACCAUUAGCACUGUCAUCACUAAGCGUUUCAGCUCGGCCAACAGUCUGGGCCCGUUCUCCACGCCGAUCAGCGACGUGAACUUGAAUGGGAUGAAUGCGAACCCUUACGAAAAAUGGAGCAACGGCGGCAGCGAUGCUUAUCCGGUGGUGACGACCAACGAUCACUUCGCGAUGCCCACGGCGGUGGCCGUAGCGGCGAACGCCGCACCCGGCGAGUCCGUCCUCGAUCUCACAUCGAAGCUGAUGUCUGCCACCGCGAUAUUCCCACCCAAGUCGCAGAUCAAGCGGAACAAGAUGAUCUACCACUGCAAAUUCGGUGAAUUCGGGGUCAUGGAGGGCCAAUUCACGGAGCCGUCGGGCGUUGCGGUGAACGCGCAAAACGACAUCAUCGUCGCUGACACGAACAAUCAUCGCAUCCAGAUCUUCGACAAGGAAGGCAGGUUCAAGUUUCAAUUUGGCGAAUGCGGCAAGCGGGAUGGCCAACUGCUCUACCCUAACCGAGUCGCUGUCGUCAAGACAUCCGGCGACAUCAUCGUCACUGAACGCUCGCCUACUCAUCAGAUACAGAUCUACAACCAGUACGGUCAGUUCGUGCGCAAGUUCGGCGCGACUAUUUUGCAGCACCCGCGCGGUGUCACCGUCGACUCGAAGGGACGGAUUGUAGUGGUCGAGUGCAAGGUGAUGCGCGUCAUCAUCUUCGACCAAUCCGGCAACGUGCUGCAGAAGUUCGGCUGCUCGAAGCACCUGGAAUUCCCGAACGGCGUUGUGGUGAACGACAAGCAAGAGAUCUUUAUCAGCGACAAUCGCGCGCACUGCGUCAAGGUCUUCAACUACGACGGCGCUUACCUGCGUCAGAUCGGCGGCGAGGGUGUCACCAAUUAUCCAAUUGGUGUGGGCAUCAACGGCGUGGGCGAGAUACUGAUCGCGGACAAUCACAAUAACUUCAACCUGACCAUCUUCACGCAGGAGGGCCAGUUGGUGUCCGCCCUCGAGAGCAAGGUGAAGCACGCGCAGUGUUUCGACGUAGCCCUCAUGGACGACGGCUCGGUUGUGUUGGCCAGCAAGGAUUACCGGCUGUACAUAUACCGCUACGUGCAAGUGCCGCCGAUCGGCAUGUAGACCAACGACACGUCGCGACGACGGCGAUGAUCGUCAUGCCCCAACGCCGACGCUCGUGAUCGUAUCAUCCUCGUUCCUCUUGGUCGUUGGCCGGCCGUGGGAUCGUCGCCAUCAGUAACAGCAGCAGCAGCAGCAGCAGCAGCAGCAGCAACAACAGCAGCAGCGCGAUCUCCUCGUCGAUCUUUCCUUUCACUCAUGCUCGCCUGUCUUCUUCUUUUCCUACUCCCGUUCCACCAACUACGAUAACUGAGCUCGCGUACGCUCGACUCAUCAUCACCACCAUCGCCUUCUUCUUCGUCCGCCCUAUCAUCACCGACAAGCGACCAUCACCAGCAGCAGGCGCCUCACAGACCGCCGACCAUGAGGAGAGAAAGAGAGAGAGAGGGGGGGGGAGGGAGAGGACGAGAGGAACGCGCACUAUGAUGCGUGAUUAUUCUCGAGGUAUCGACUUCCGAGCGAGCGUGAGUGUGUCGUGUUCUCGCGGCAAGAGCGCAGGAAAAAAGAGAAAAACUGAGAGAAAGCCUCCUCCUCGCCGGAGGAACUCCCCGAGCCGCUCCUGUGUACUUCUGGCGAGCCACGGAUAUCAUCGACGGUAUGCGAGAAAGCACGCGCGCGCUCCCCUUCGAUAUCCACGCACCCUCCUCGCGAGUCUCCGCGAGUGCUCUUCUACUUUGUGCCGCGCGCCCGCGUCACGUGGCCCCGACGCGGGCGGUGCGCCCUCGCGAUGUUGGAUCUUGAGGAGCCGCGACGAUAGAAAGCGUGAGAGAGAGAGAGAGAGAGUGUGUUUGUGUGUGUGCGUGUGUGUGUGUGUGUGUGAGAGAGAGAGAGAGAGAGAGAGAGGAGGACGUAAAUCACAGAGCCCUGGUCCCGACUAUUCGCGCGCUCGCGUGCGUGCACACCUUUCUUCGCGUGUACGCGCCCCAGUACACACGCGCGUGCGCACAAAAAAAAAGGAAACGUACUUGUUAAUGUUGUUAUAAUACUGAAAAUACUGUUGUUGUUGUUUAGUUGUAGAGCUCGCCGCCGCUAGUCACUUCCCCCUCGCCUUGCCUCCCUCCGCUCCUCCUCCCCUCACACAUGCACACGCUCUCACUCUCCCUGUACACACGUGUACACGAAAAUACACACGCAUCGUCAUACCCUCGACCACAUUGUCACACCCCCCGUUCCAUUCUGAAAAUCAACGAUCUUCUCUCUUUGAGACACACCACUCCGACUCGACGACCAACACCGAGAGGCGCGUUUCCGCUCGUCGCGGACAUCCCCUCGGGCCAACGCUCUCGACAUUUUCGCCGCCGACUGAUCGGGAUCGCACCCGUACUCGAAUCGUCGACGCGACGUCCCUCGUCUUCGGCCUGCCGAAGACUCGAUCGAGCAGAACGACCGGCUGACGGAUGCCGUCGCCCGGUCGACUCGCCUGCGAAACGCGCUCGAAAUCUCGCGAAGAUCCCGAGGAACGCGUCGGUGCCCCGCUGUAGUCGUCCGUUUAAUCGUGCAUUCACUCUCUCUCCCGCCUCCUCUCUCUCUCUCUCUCUCUCUCUCUCUCUCUAUCUCUCUCUCUCCAGAUAAAGAUAGCGCUCCACUAAGGACCGCACACGCAAGGAUUUUCGACAACUCUCCUGCAACCUGGUCGGACCCCGCACGUCCCGCAGAGGACGCAGCGAUCCUUCGUUUGCUCCAACCAAUCAACCAACAUGAUAAACCGUCGACGUCACACAAACACACAGCCACACAUCUCGAUGGCACGCGUGUCCGUCGCGCCGAUUGUCCGAGUAUCUGGAUUGCUUGAUUUUGCUGGCGGUCAAACUAAUCCGCACACCGAUCGACGCGCGGUGCGCGAUUACUCUCGCGACGGUUUCUUCUCCGUUUCCAAAAUUUGCGUGCGCGCGUACGGAUAAUCGUUUGGCUCCCCAUCGGUCGGUCGAUCGGGACGAGACGUCAAACAAUUGAUCCGAGCGCCUCGCCGAGACGAAACGUUUGCACAACGAGCUUUCUUAAGUAACGCUAAAACUCACGCACAAAACGAAAGGCGUGUGUUUCAAGGUCAAGUGCGAUUCGUGCGCGCACACUUGGACAGCGAUUUCGUGCAGAUUGGUGAAUCGUGCGCGAAAUCGCGCGUCUCGCGCACGAAUUGCGCGUUGCGCAUUACGAUGGAACUAAAUCAGUCCGGUGUGUCCGGGCAAAAAUCACCGCCGGUUCCGCGGAGAGUCCAUUCGGCGAACCGUAGAAUUGGCGGGGAUCUUGCGGAGUAUUUACUUUCCUCGUAACGCUCGCAGACCUUGAGCGCGCCGAUAAUUGGAGAUCACGAAGGAUCGAAGACGACGGUCGAUCAGUUGGCAAUCAUCGCGCGCGAGUCGUCGAAAAAUUCACGUUGUCAUAGAAGCACGACCGUGUCGUUGCGGAUCGGGUGGUGCGUUGUUAAAUUUUCCACUCGAAGCCGACCUUUUCUUUCGGACUUCGCACGAAAUCGCCUUCUCUCUCUCUCUCUCUCUCUCUCUCUCUCGUUUAUGUGACGAUCACACCGACCGUCCCCGCCGCCGGGAAUUUCGUGAUGAACGUGAGCUGCAUCGCAUAAUUUCUCGAAAAUAUAUCCGUGCACACACUUUUCGCGCACACAUUCGCUCCUCUUUUCCAGUAUUCGCCAGUAUUCCUUAUUUCUUCCUUCUUCGCUUUCCUCACGUUCGUAGUCAGCCGAGAGCCAGGCGCGCCCUUCGUUCCCAUUUUCCCUCCUCGAGUUUACGCCGAGCUUCGUCGUGUUCGCGUCCCCUCUUGCCGGCGAACACGCUAGAGAUCCAUCGCUCGAAGAGAUACAUCCUCGUGUGUCCCGAUUGAUACCUUCCGAAGCGCCAUUUUCCGGGGGACCGCGCUGGGAACGAAGUACUGGGGACUCUCAAGCAAGCGGGAGAUUGCGAGCUCGUCGAGCAGGCGAAUAAUCGACGAGGAAUCGGAGGUUCGCGGACAGGGAGAUCGGAAUAGCGCGAUAUCGCAAGGUAAAGAUCUCGGGGGAAAAACGUUCUCCCCACACGUCAUCGGGGAUGUCUGAUCAUGUGUGGGCCCCCCCCCCUCCUGCGCAGAACGUACAUCAACGUUACGUAAGCUACGUUGUUGUCGCGAAACUCCGUUCCAUCGGUUCGCCCAUCGUGACAGAAUGACGCGGACGGCCGUCGAUCAUGGCUGUUGUUUGUCAUGAUCAACGAACGCAAACGAGAAAGAGAAGGGGAGGGCGAGAGAGAGAGAGAGAGAGAGAGAGAGAGAGAGAGAGAGAGAGAGAGAGAGAGAGAGAGAGAGAGAGACGGAUCAUCGCUUUCUCCAAAUGUUUCCCACCCCAUCGAUGAAACCUUCGUUUUUCUUUCUUUCUUUAUUAUUAUUAUUAUUAUUAUUAUUAUUUUUUAUUUUAACUUCUUUAUUAUAUACUGUAGUAAGGUAUUUUUAGCGGAACGUAUAGUAGCCACUAGUUGUCGUAGAGUUGAUCGUAUAAGACUUUUCUUCUCCCUCUAGCUCUGUACAUUUCGUUCUCUCCGUAUACGCACUUUUAGUUACGUUGUCGCAGCCUGAGAAGCGCACAACUCUGUUCCUCUCAUCUCCUCUUGCGUCGCUCUAUGCUUAGCAAAAACAUACGUGUGUUGUUGUUGUAGCUUGCGUCCUCGGAUUUCGACGAAACUCACCAUAUCCACCCCGUCAACGAUAAGAAGCCACACUGGCCACCUUCUCCGAGCCUCACCCGAAUUGCCGCGUGCGACCGUUUUAGGCUCGCGUCGGCGUUAUUCAUUCUUCUCCUCCUCCUCCUCCUUCCCCCCUCUAUCCAUCCCCAACCCUUUCGAACCUAUAGUAUUAAUAUAUUUUGUUGGAUGGGUCGCCGGAAGUUCCACGGCUAUUCACCGCGCGACUCCAUGCAUGUUUACUAUUAUUAUAUAUUAUUUUUUUAUUAAUAUUAUUGUAUUAUUAUUAUUAUUAUAUUAUUAUUGAUGUAUCGCGGCUUUCGAUGCGAUUUUCGUUGAUCGACGCGAUACGUGAAUCGUACGCUCCCCCGGAAUUUAGCGAGGGGAAAAAAGGCUAGCUGGCACGUCCUUCUAACGGCUCCAUUACUCGGUCAUCCGGGAUCAGCGAAUUGCACCAGGAUCUCCUUCUCGGUCGUCGAUUGUCGCAAUAGAGGCGAAACGUUGUUUGACGCUCUCGCGUAUAGCGCCGGAAGUUUCGGAAAGUCCCUGGGCCGGUCCAAAAUUUCCGGGCUCCCGCGUUCGUCGUCUCAUCCGUUCGGUUACGGGAAGAGAGUUCUUACGUCAUUCGAACGAUACGACGAAUUUUACACAGUGAUGAUGCUUUUGAUGAUCGGCGGUGCGUUUUACGAAGCUUGAUUUUCCGUUGUUCCGUCGGACGAGCGCGACCGGAGCGGGGAACAUGGUUUAUUCAGUCGAGUCGCGAAUACUCUUUUCCUUUUCAAACGAAAGUGACGGACUUUUUAAGCGAGUGAUGAAACGAGUGAAUCACACAGUUGAAACGAUGGUCUAUUAACGGCUAACCCUUCGCGGCUCGACCGAAAAGGAGCGUCUUACGCGUGCUACGCUUGAACGCUCCUACAUCUCGGUAUUAUUUUCGCGAUCGGACGCGGCCGCGAGGAUCCUGGGACAAUUCGUGGCUAUCGCUGCUUCCCGAUUGCUUGAUUCGGUAGUCAUGAUCGGAUCCGUAAACGUAAAUCCUUGUGAUGAGCUUCAGCGGGACUUUAAUCCGAACGUCUUGAGUUUUUGAAUCAGCCAGUACGAAUUUAUAGCGUUAUUAUUAGAUUAUAUAUAUAUAUAUGUACAUGAUAUUUGCAAAGAAAAAAAUACGAGUUAUCCAAGCGUUUCUUUCUCUUUUUUUUUUUCUUUUUGUACUAACUGUAAUCUCUUCAUCGAUAAUACCGCGAUUUUAGGUCUAAGUAUUUUGCUUCGGUUGAAUCGAGUUGUAAUAGACACGAGGUCUUCGUAAUCCACGCUCGUGAAUUAGAGACCUUAGGUUCCGCGCGCGAUCAACCAAGUCGAUGAUAUUCGAGAGAGAUGCGAGAUUCGCACACGUGCGGAAACGGAAAAGUUGAAUGGUGCAUCCUGCGAUCUUUACGCGAAUUGUUGUCGAGGACUACCGAACCAGGUGAUCGUCGUGGAAUCCACGUCCUUGUUCGCCUCACUCUUCUCCCGUCGAGUAUAAUCCGCGGAUGCGUCCUUUGCUGUGUUCUUUCAAUUCAACGGCCAAGAUCACGGUCGCCAACUCACCGUAGUGCGCACCUGCCGUUUGUCAUCCCGAAUGGAAGAGACGACCUUCCACGCGUCGCGUCUUCGACCGAGAAAUUGCCCUGGACACAUUUUCCGAUCGGUGUUACGUCCGUUUGCUACGAAGACGAUCCAUAAGGACGAACAAGGACGACGGAUACCAUCCCCCUCCAAUAUACAUAUAUGCUCGCGAAGGAAGAUAGAAAAAAAAUGAGACGCAGAGGUCUCGAAAUCAUCUCGACCACUUGCCGCCGUAUUUCUCUCCGCGACGAUUCCGUUCCGAUCUUUCGUUUCCAGUCGCACGACUCGGCGAUAUUUCCACGCCGGCUCCGAUCCCGUAAAUUUUUCUCCGGUUUUUUCCACCCUUUCGACGAGCCGCCGAGUCGUUUCUACGUAAUUAAUAAUCGUGCAUGCGCGCGCGCCUCUCGAUCUGAAUCUCUUUUAUAUAACUCGACGAGGACGGCGCGCAAAAGAGUUCACCCGUGAAAAUUCUCGAUCCCUUUCAGCGAAAACACAGGCUUGUGAGAGCGAGAGGUUUUCGGGGGAUGCGCGAAGGAUAGAUUCGCACCAUUGAGAGAGACGGCAUCACGAGGUAUCUGUCCAUUAGUAUUUAUACCGCCUAAGAGUGUACGUUGAUCUGUAGCGUUAAUAUUAUUACCAUUAUUUUUUUGUCUUUAUUAUCAUUUAUUAUGAUGAUGAUUAUUAUUGCUAUUGUAUGACAAUUAGUUACUUUAUAAUUAUCAAUUAAUUAGUUACAAUUAUAAUUAUUAUUAUUAUUAUUAUUAUUACUAUUACUAUUACUACUACUAUUCAAUGAUUAUCGUUGCGUAUUCAUUGCGUUGUCACGAGAAUCGAAAAGGGAAAAAGAAAACACAAAAAAGAGACGAUGCGCCACCUUGCCAGCUAGCCGUCACUACCGCCGCACGUCGCAGUGAUCGACUGCGCGACGUGCGCCACAAGACAAGAGAUUAAAUUCCAUUCCUACGCAUUGCUCCCAAAGUAAGAACCGAGAUGUACAUGUGUGUGUGUAUAUGUUACUACGUGCCUGUGUGUGUGUUUUAUAUAUAUAUGCGCGCGCUUGUUCCCACAUUCGUGCUGUCGCGUUAUCAGAAAGAAAAGGAAACGAGACGCCCUGAGACGCGCGCGAGAUGAGAAGCGGAAACACCGUCUCGAAAAAAAAAGAAAAAAAAAGAAAAAUACGAAACACUAUCACUCUUCACUGUCAGUCUCUCUUCUUCUUUUUUUUUUGUACUGGUUUGUUAUGUUAUUAUUAUUAAUAUUAUUAUUAUUAAUAUUAUUAUAUUAUUAUAUUAUUAUUUUUAGACGAUAAAACUCCCCUGUUCUUAAUUUAAUUGUAAAUCGAUUUUUGUUUGUUUUUUAGUUAUUUUUUGUUGUAAAAUGCUUUUUAAUAAUAUUUUCAGUUCACAUUACGCACGAGCAUUGGUCUUAUUCUUAUUUCUCUACGUCUCUUGCCUUGCGAGCUGGCUGUGCCCCUUCCCCUGCCCCAUGGACGUCGACGGCGCGGUUCAGAAAAAUCAAUAUCCACUCUUUUGAGAAAAGUCCAUUUUGAUGCAUCGAGUGGAAACGCAGCUCUUGAGAGAAAUGCACUCGGUCGAGCCCCGGGAACUCUAUUUUCAGGCGAUAUAAUUACCGGCAAACGAUUUCUCGCGUCCUUGUUGCGUACACGCGCAAUUACUCAUUACGAAUCAUUCCGAUUAUCAGCCGGACGGAGAAAAAGAAAAAGGGAAAGGACGAGGUAACGCUUCUUGUAAUUAAUUUAUAUUGUAACUUGUAUAUCUUGUAUAUUGUGGAUUUUGUGAUGAUUAAAAUAGUCGUGAAACAAUCAUUCCGGAAUCUUUCGAGCCGCGUCGUCUUUCCGAACCGACCCGUCGAGCGUGUCUCUCUUUCCUCUCACCCCCGAUGGCGAAUUCUCACGUCGCGGUCGGGUUUCCGUCUGCUAUCAAUUCCUCUGUAGGCGUGUAUCAUUAUGUGCGCUUUAUCAUGCAAGUAUGAUCGACGAGAGGACUCGCCUCCUAGGGCGAGGCUUUCUCCCCCGUCGAUGGUGAUCAGUACAUUCCACUGUAACGUGUGUGUGCGUUACGUAGCACUGUGUUCCUGUUUUUCAAUCAUAGUGAUCUCUCUCUUACGGCAUAGCUAUAGCUGUUCACCACGAACGCGCGCGCGCGCGCGCGCGGUGUCCUCGUUACCGUGGGCGCGCGACCGCUGCAGUUUCCUCCGCGGCGAUUCAGAAUUGCUUUCGUACGGCCGCGGCCGCGCGGCUCCGAUCGACGUCCCGUCAAUAGUCAAUAAUAUCGGGGAUCGUUUCCUUUCCGUUCCAGUAAAGGUGAGGCAGUCGAGAGAGCGACGGGCGAGUCGAGGAAAACGAAGCAAGAGAUCAAAAACGCUCCGCUCGUGGAGCGGAGGACACCGCUUGUAGCAACUUUGUCUUAGAAGCCGAUACGGUUAAGUCAAACAACGGCCUGGGCGGUCGCUUUUGUCGCGAAUUACCAAACCUUCAACUAACCCUUCCGCACGCGUGCGCCUGUGCGGCCUUUCCCUGCUCGACGAGUUGGAAAGGUUUUUCCGGUUUGAGAAAACGACACGCGGAGACUGUUGGAAGUUCGUAGCCGAGGAAGGAGCUUAGUAGACGCUUGCGAAAGUUAAGAGCGACGAGGGAAGUCAGUCGGACCUCUGCUCCUCGCGCCGACGGAAGGGUUAAUAAGAUUAAUUACAGACAAGUAUAUUUUCCUAAUUAUUUAUAACCCGCGCGCACACAUUUGAUCCUCUCUCUCUUUAAUCCGCGCGCAACAACGCGGAGAUUUCACGCGGAACUGCGACUUGGCCGACUCUUGACGUAAUUCGCUCGAACGUCCCCCGCCUUUUCCCGACAAUUUCCUUUCCACGCUGAACGACUUCUCGUGACGGGCGAUCUACGAGGUAGAAGGACGAGAGAGAGAGAGAGAGAGAGAGAAAGAGAAACGAAGGGAGAAACGACGAAACGGAACAAGGUCUCGUCCGGCCGGAAGGGUUCCCGCGAGGAAGAAAAAGGAGAGGGGUUGUGCGCGCGCGCAGGCUCUCCCUCGGCGGCGCUCGACGACGUCGAUCGCCGGUGAAUUAAUAACAAGAAAAAAAAAAAAGA